AUGCUGGCCGCUUUCUUGGCCUUGAGUCUUGGGUCCGUCGUCGGCAGUCCACAUCCAGAUCGGGAGUGGGAGUGUGUGAGAAACCGGCCCUGUAACAUCCGGCUGGACGCGGGCAACGUGACCUCAGAUGACUUGGUCCUCGUCCUUGAUGAAGACAGGGACAGCUGCCCGGUCUGCCGGCGCAGCAGCUAUGGACUCUGCCCCUGGCUGUCGCAAGACACUGGACAGGACAGGACAGUAAUGUGCGAAGAUGGAAACUUCAGUUCACAGUGGCAGUGUAUGGCAGAUGGUCACGGAGAUCGCCUGCUGUGCCCUGUGAACAUGACCAUGUGUGCGGCAAGGCUGUGUGGAAAUGGGAUGGACUAUUGCUGCGAAUCACCACACCCAAAUCCGGAGCUGACCUGCAUCCACGGCGGAGGCCGCCGUACCUGCCCCUACGUGUCCAUGACCGAAGGCCUGGACUUGAUUAUGAACGAGACGCAUGGACUCAUGAACCCCGGCAUUUACACCUUGUGCCGCUGCACCGAGGACAACUUCAAGUCUGGUACCGCGGGGGAAUUGUUGGGCGAAGCGAUCGUAAAUGGUCCUAGCGGCUCGGCGAUGCAUCAGUGCAUCUCGGGCCACGCCUGCCCUUUUGUUGAAACGAAUGGCUACGGGCUAAACUUGCGAACUUCACUAGUGCAAGUGACGACCGUUGCUACCUGUGCACAUGCCAUCGACACCCCUGCAGAGCUUCGCGACAACUUUCGUUUCGCCUGGCAGCAGGACAAGGCCCGGAUGCAUGUGCGUGGUGAAGACACGGACGAGGGCAGGAGGUGGCUUGCCGAGCAGAGCCCCGGCGUGUAUAAGCUUUGCUGGUGCGACAACAACACCGCAGGGGCUUGCGAGUCGCUCUCCGACUUCAAUGUUUCGGCCGGACUCCUGAGUUGGCGUGGGCCGACAAAGCAAGACCCGCGCAUUGUCGCCUUGGGUACCAACAUGGACUUUCAAGCCUCAGGUGUGUGGAUGACCUCCGCAAGCAAGGUCCGAAUCCAGAAAGAUUGUGCGGACCCUGCCGGCCAGGUGUUCUACGAGGCCACCGCCAGGAAGACAAUUGGAGCCGAGCUGUUUUACAAUUUUGGUGUCCUGGCUGAAGACCGUCUGCCCCCGGGCAAGUACAGCCUUUGCUGGUGCGAGCCCGCGUACGACCAAACCCCACCCAUUGAGUGCACAGACGGCACCAACUUCUUCACCAACAUAACGGAUAUCUUCGUGCUCUGUCCUGCUGGCCAGUACAGCCCGAACAACGGCCCCUGCCAGUCCUGCGCCCUGUUUUGGCAAGAGCCCGGGCUGUGGAGAAGCGCCUGUGUCACGGCUGCCCAGAACCUCGCCAUGGUCGUGGCGAUUGUGAUCUGCUACUUGAUGGGCUGGACCGCCUUCUGGUUCCAGGUGGGGUUUCUUGUCGACCGCAGUGGGCGGUGCAUUGGCGUGUCUGGCCGAAAGGUGUACAUCGAGGACAUCUCCUCGACCCUCUCCAAGACGGGGGUGGGGGCCGCCAUCAUCACCACGGUGAGCCCACACCAGCUCUCCGAUCGCUUCGGCACCUUCCCCAUCUACUUCUACAACACAGGACACUACCUCCUCGACCGGAGGCCCGCCGCGGGACACCUCUACCGGGCGCGGCGCAUUGGCCCCCACCGCCUGGAACUGCUCGACAGCAAAGGUGUUCCUGUGGAGAGCGCUGACACGUCCCGGGGCUACUUUGUGUUGAGACUCGCCCGAUCCAUGGUCCAUAGUGACGCGCUCCCGCGGCUCCCAGUGGUGUUGGUGGUCCCCUUCCUGGUGCUCAUACCGCCACCUCUGCUUGUGAUUGCAAGCCUCGAGUACACGAUUCCCUUCAAUUACUCUGGUGGCGUCGCCACAGCACUUCUGGGCAUCUUUUUCACCUUCCCUCUGGCAAGGAUCGUGAAGUACUUCCUGCGCCGGCUGCCCCCCAUCACGGAUAGCGUGAAGCACUUCCGGCGCAAGGUGAGAGAGCAGAAUCCGCAACCCAAGGCAUGCCCAAAAGGGCCCGACCGUGCCCUGACCAUCUACCAGAUUUUCCAGCUCAUGAGCGAGUUCGAAAUGUACAUCCGUGACAGGAACCUGUACUACAUCGAUUCCAACAUAGUGCAACCUCUCACUCGCCACGAGAAACUGUCCUUGGCAGAGCUUCUUGGCCCGUCUCGCGUCGCCUGGUUCGUGUCUCACUACUGGGGUACCAGGUUCAAGUACACGUGCGACGCCUUGAGGCGGCAUGCAGAGAACGCCGUUUCCGGAAAGGACGGGAUGUCCUGGCAAGACGUCUCCUACUGGAUAUGUGCCUUCAGCAACAACCAGUAUCAGAUCUUAGAGGAGCUGGGGACGAGCCAUCAAGAGUCCUCCUUCUACCUGGCACUACACAGCCCCUCCGUCCAGGGAACCUGUAUGAUCCUCGAUGAGCGGGCGCUGCCUCUGACGAGGUCCUGGUGUCUUUUCGAGCUGCUCCAGACGAUGAGCCUGGAGAAGAAGCGCGAGGACUUCCAAGGGCUGCAGUUCCUGACGAACACCGGGGUCGUGAACUUCGGGCAGGCCACUACUGAAGUGGCCAUCAACAUUGGCAAGCGGCUCGCGACCUUGUCCCUGGCAGAUGCGGAUGCCACGCAGGCAGAUGACCGGGACACCAUCAAGUCCCUCGUGAUGAAGGAGAUGGGCAGCUUCGAUCAGAUCGACAAGAUCCUUCGCACCCACAUCAAGGAUGCGCUGGUCGUGUGCAAGCGGUUUGUUGAGGACGGCUUCAACAGCCUUCUGGUGCGACUCGAAGAGACGUCGGUUCCCAUCUCCCCAGAGAACACGUGCUCUCAGGUCUCGUGA